UUUUCUGUCUGUGAGACUGCGGUGGAAAAACAUUCCAAACGCAAUCAGCCAAUCUAGUCACCUUCGGAGAACCCAGCGACAACGACGACGAAACAGACGGCUGCAAUGGCCCAUCUAGCUCGCGAACAUUCGACGGGCGUGAAAACGUAAAACCAGUCCCUUUUUUUUGCGAUAACAACUUUUUUCCAAGUGGAGUGCGCACAACAACAACAUCAACUAAACUUCCCACUGCAGCGGAACGAUUGCGUAUAUAGUUUGCUCCGAUGACUCAAUCGCUCAAGGACACGAUGAAGUCGGCCGGAAUCUACUUUCUAGUGAUUUGUGCGUUCCUGUUCACCUCGUUCUACAAUGUCGCGUCGGACGCGGCCAAUCAGCGGCCGACGGUGCCCGGUUCGCCCGGAGCCACCGGUACGACAGCGGCAUCAUCAUCCGUCGUUCUGGAAGCGAUCCACCACAGCAAUGCAUCCGUCUCUGCGUCCACCGUUGCCACUGUACCGUCUGCCUCCCCGGCUCCUGCUCCGGCCACCGCUAACGGUACGGCGGCGACGGCAACCGCACCACCGACCAGCGGCAACACCAGCACAUCAUCUGCCACGAUGUCGCCGGAGAAGAGCGCGGUGGAGCAGGAGCACUACAGCUCGAUGUCGAUCUUUUUCGUGCUGUGCGUGAUAGCGCUCGGCAUCCUGCUGAUCCACAUGAUGCUGCAGACCGGCUUCCAGUACCUGCCGGAAAGCAUCGUGGUCGUGUUUUUGGGCGCCCUGAUCGGGCUCAUCCUGAACGUAUCGUCCGUCAAGCACAUCGCCAACUGGGAGCGGGAGGAAGUGUUCUCGCCGACCGCGUUCUUCCUCGUGUUGCUGCCCCCGAUCAUCUUCGAGUCCGGGUACAACCUGCACAAGGGCAACUUUUUCCAGAACAUUGGCUCCAUACUGGUGUUUGCCAUCAUUGGGACGACAAUUUCCGCGCUCGUGAUCGGAUCGGGCGUGUAUCUGCUCGGGCUGGCGGAGGUGGCGUACCGGCUGAACUUUGUCGAAUCGUUCGCAUUUGGAUCGCUCAUAUCGGCCGUCGAUCCGGUCGCAACGGUGGCCAUCUUUCACGCGCUCGACGUCGACCCGGUGCUGAACAUGCUGGUGUUUGGCGAGUCCAUCCUGAACGAUGCCAUUUCGAUCGUGCUGACGACGACGGUCAUGCCGAUGGUGUCCGAUUCCGGCAGCAGCACGGGCGAGUCAAUCUUCUCCGCACUGAACACGUUCUGCAUGAUGUUCUUCGCGUCAGCCGGCAUUGGCGUGGUGUUUGCGCUGAUGAGCGCACUGCUGCUCAAGCACGUCGAUCUGCGCAAGCAUCCGUCGCUCGAGUUCGGCCUGAUGCUGGUGUUUACGUACGCGCCGUACGUGCUGGCCGAGGGCAUCCAUCUGUCCGGCAUAAUGGCGAUCCUGUUCUGCGGUAUCGUAAUGUCCCACUACACCCACUUCAACCUGUCGACGGUGACGCAAAUCACCAUGCAGCAAACGAUGCGUACGCUCGCGUUCAUUGCGGAAACGUGCGUGUUCGCGUACCUCGGGCUGGCCAUCUUUUCGUUCAAGCACCGGUGCGAGCUGUCGUUCGUGAUCUGGGCGAUCGUGCUGUGCCUGAUCGGGCGCGCCUGCAACAUCUUCCCGCUGGCCUGGCUGGUGAACCGGUUCCGCGAGCACAAGAUCACCAACCGGAUGGCGUUCAUCAUGUGGUUCUCGGGGCUGCGCGGUGCCAUCUCGUACGCGCUGUCGCUGCACAUGCAGUUCAGCACGGAGGAGUCGCGGCACGUGGUCAUCACCACGACGUUGAUCAUUGUGCUCUUUACGACGCUGUUCUUUGGCGGAUCGACGAUGCCGCUCAUGAAGUACCUGCAGGGCGGAAAGAACGUAAAGCGCGCGGCACGGGCAGGGCGCGCGGGCCGCAAGCGCAAGGAAAAGGCGCUGUCGCUGAGUAAGACGCGCGAGUGGGGCCAGGCGAUCGAUUCCGAGCAUCUGUCCGAGCUGACGGAGGAGGAGGAGGUCAGCUUUACCCAGUCCCGCAUCGGUGGCUUUACCCGGUGGGAUCGAAAGUUCUUUACGCCGUUCUUUACGCGUCGCUUUACGCAUCAGGAGCUUCACGAUUGCAAGAGCCAGAUGGCUGAUCUGACCAACAAAUGGUACCAGGCGAUACGAAUAUCCCCCGACGAUCCGGACGAGGAGGACGAGGAUGAUCCCGAUGCGGAUGCCAUUUCGGAACGUUCCACGACCAACAUCGUGUUCCCUGGGCCGAGCAGCCGCAGCACCAAAUCCUGAUCCAGUGAGCUGCCCGGGCACGUGAUACGCUCCCUGCCGGUUCCAACAUCACCGACCUCGUCGGUGCCGGAACCACCCAUCGGCCGGGAGCAGCCCAUAGCGGACUGCCUGCCCGGGCACGAGGGAGCCCUUUACGAUACGUCGCCCCUGCGAACGGUCGAUUUCCUGUAAGAGGCCCAUCAUUAUUCUCCAGUGCGGAUGUGUGUGUGUGUGUGUGCUGUGCUGUGCAAAGUUAUACGGAUAUAUACAAAAUACGUAACAAAUGAAAUGUGCCGAAGCCAGGAAGGCAAGUCACCGUGAAUCGCACGGGUAGUGCAGGUGCUGGCAAUGUAUGUGGUGUAUGGUGCAUGUUUUAUUGCAGAAAGGAAAGGUGUUAGUUAUCGGGCAACCGUUUUGUUUUUUUUAUCGUGUAAACAAAUUACGUGCAAUUACGUGUAAAAAUUAAUUAUCGGGUGAUAAUUCGCUAGUCAAACGGAAACGAAAAACAGGGUGCAAAUGGGGGAAAAGGGACGUUUAACGAACAAAGGGUACGAUUUUCACUACUUUCCCGCUUUCCCGGGGUACCCCGAGAUAUGGGGUCUCUCUGUCGGUAGCAACAUUCACCUAGAUUUUGUAAUAGACAAAUUAAAAUAACGAUUUAAAUAUCUACACACACCCUCCACAGCAGUAAACGAAUCUUUAAAACGUCGAUACAUUGAAUCUAGUAUUUGAAGGUAGUUAGGGCAAUAAUCAAGAAUUAUUAUACCACAUUAUUACCAAGUAUGAUCGAGUGUAGCUCAUUUAUAGGGAAUAUUGCAGUGAAAGUUAACCAAUCGCACAAGUAUUGUAUCAGCUUUUUGUUUUGGGCAGGACGGUGUGGGAGAUAUAUUUACGCUUAAACUCAACCCCCCAUCUCAUCGCCUCACGAUCGAACACGUGUCAUGUGCGUGUGUGAGCAUGCUAUAAUCUAUCGCCGGAAUCUAUCGCCGCCAACCGUUCCACAGAACUGUUCCAAACCAGAGUGCACCACAGUUUAAGUUUGCCUCCCAGCUCUCCUCGAGCGCCCUCGCUCCGUUUCUCCAGUGCUUCAUAAACAGUGUUAUUUAUCUAGGUUUUACUAUUCCCUUCUCUCCUCUCACUCCUUCUCAAUAUGUGUAAUAUUGUUUGUGUCUCUAAGCUAUCGUUACCAAUAAACAAAACCGUUUCGCAACA